AUGUCAGUUGGAGCAUAUUCUGUAGCCGGAAAACCCUCCAAAGAUGGUCUGCCAGUCGAGAAUGUGGAGAAUCAAGCCUCAAUGGCAACUGAUUUUUCCGUUGUUCUUGAUGACGAAGAUAUCUCCUACGGCCAGGGUGGAAUCCGUGGCAUUAUCGCGUCCCCGUAUGUCUUCGGUGCAGCGUUCUUGGCAUCCAUGGGGGGUUUCUCCUCUGGAUACGACCAGGGCGUUAUCUCGAUUGUCAAUGUCAUGCCUAAAUUCCAUCAAACAUUUCCACGUACUGAAACUGCAUUCGGGAAGGGUUUCAUGACUGGUAUGCUGGAGCUUGGUGCCUUCAUUGGGUGCCUCUUUAUGCCUACGCUUGUUGACAAAAUCCCGAGAAAGAAUGCUCUUUCUAUUGUCGUUGUUAUUUUCAACAUCGGAGCUAUUAUGCAGACGGCAUCCAACUCUUAUGGACUUCUCAUAGCUGGAAUAACAAUUGGGGGCAUUGGCGUCGGAACGCUCGCAAUGCCAAUCUACAUAUCCGAGAUAGCGCCUCCGAACCUCAGAGGAACGCUGCUUGUCCUAGAGUCUGUAUCGUGUGUAUUAGGUGUCGUGGUAUCUUUCUGGAUUACCUAUGCCACACGCGAACUGUGUGGCGAGUUGUCCUUCCGUCUACCCUUCGGUCUCCAAAUGGUGUGCAGCACUAUCCUUGGAAUUGGUAUACACUUCUUUCCAUAUUCGCCACGAUGGCUUGCACUUGUCAACCGACCGGAUGAUGCACUGGAAAGCUUGGAACGACUCCGGCGACUACCCAGAACUGACCCUCGUGUUCAAAAAGAACAUGUGGCUAUUUGUAAUGAGGUAGCGUUCCAGAGGCUUAUACAAGAGAAGCUCCAUCCGGGAGUGGCAGGCCUCAAGCUUGAGAUUCUGAGUUGGGGUGACCUCUUCAAGAAAAGUCGUUCCACCGGACUUCUAUCGCGGUUGGAGUUGCAUUCUUCCAGCAACUCUCUGGGAUCAAUGCCUUUAUAUACUAUGCCCCAACCCUCUUUCAGUCACUGGGCCAGUCAUCGGCUUGUUGCUGUUACCGUCUGCUUCUUCAUCAUUCACAAAGUGGGACGGCGACCAUUGGCGAUCUGGGGUGGUAUUGGAGGACGCACUGCGUGGGGUAUUAUGGCUGUUCUCGUUGGCGUGUUUAGUGACAAGUGGAGUUCUAAUGCAGCCGCGGGCUGGGCUGCUGUAGCCAUGACAUUUUGCUUCAUACUUAUUUAUGGGGUCUCAUAUGCUCCUCCAGGGUGGGCACUCCCUGCAGAGGUUUUCUCUAAUGCUUCUAGAUCGAAGGGCGUAGCUCUUGCGACAGCGACAGUUUGGCUCUUCAAUUUCAUAGUGGGCGUUGCAACCCCUCCUAUGAUUGAGAGCAUCGGUUUUGGCGUCUAUAUCUUUUUUGGAUCCUGUUGGUGUCUGGCCUUCUUUUUGGUUCCCAAAACCAAGGGGAAGACACUGGAGCAGAUUGAUGAGAUAUUUGGUGAGCAUGCGGCUCAAGAGUAG